CGUCUACGUUCAUUUCUGGAGCUACGGUUGCUCGCGCAACGGCGUCCCUCGAAGCGAGAUCCUAACGGCCCAAGCUCUGUCUGCGACUGUCUUGUAUCAUCUCCUCCGUCUCUGUCGUAAAAUAUUGUGUUUUUUCUGCACUCCUUUCACUCCCUCUUCCAUUUCUCGUAUGCUAGAGUAGCAGGCCAGAGUUUGGAGUGAGCGCCAAAUGACGACAGAGACCCUGUAAGGUUAACAGUGCUUGGAAACAUUGCCGUCUUCCUGUUUACUGUAUUACAUUGUGUAAUGUUCGUCGGAGGCCUCUUUCCUGGAGCCACAAGGCACAGGACUAGGUGCUAAACAUUUUAUUCUAGGUUUCUUUUUUUUUUCGUUUUUGACCCGACGCUGCUGAUUUAACUUCAGAGAUUCGAUCAGUAGUCCGAUUACUCAGAAUCAGUCGUUCUCAGGAUGGUAGGCACAAGUUCAUACUAGUAUAAGCACUAAUGAGUUCAUGGGAGUCUUAGUUAAUAAGAAUCAACGAUUCCGAAACUUCCCGUCGACGAUGCAUGUAUGUUAUAUGUUAGGCAAGGCACAACAGUAAUCAGGCAUCGACGAACGCAAAUUAGAAUUGUGCAGACUAUUCCGAUAUACUUGGAAAGCCUGCUCGCACCUCGAAUAAUCUGACAAUUCCCAGCAUGCUAUACCUAUUCGGUUGACUGCACCUUUACAACUGCAGAGCAAGCGGCGGCGAUUCAGAAACCGAAAUAAAUGUCCCGGCUCACUAAAUCUCACCGCAAAUUCCCAUACUUCCACUCAUCCUCCUUUUACUUUUCUUUCUUUCUUUCUUUCUUUCUUUCUUUCUUUCUUUCUUUCUUUCUUUCUUUCUUUCUUUAAUACCCAACAUUUAAUCUUUUCUCUGUAAUUACGCUAGAAACAUUUGGUGCGAUCAUGGCGUGGCUGCAAGCAUGUAUUCGUGUCUUAAUAAGCAAUAAAACUGAUCCUAGCUCUCACCUCUCGCACAUAACAAAAACGUUGCCCGUCUGUCCGGUUGUUUUGACAUCACUGCCGCUUCGACAGCGCCCUAAUCAAGCCGCGAAACUUCAACGCAGGGUCAAGUACGUGUACAAGGAGAUUCCGAUCUACAAGACCAUCCCGGUGUACAAGACCAUCCCCGUGUACAAAACCAUUCCCGUAGUGAAAGAGAUCAAGGUGAUCAAGGAGGUGCACAAGGACGAGUGGCAGGACGAGCACAAGGACGAGUGGCAGGACGAGCACCCCACGUACUCCGACGGCUGGAAGGGCCAGUCGGGAGGCGGCGGCGGCGGAGGCGGCUGGGCCUCGCCCGGAGGCUGGGAGUCCUCCGGUCCGUGGGAGUCCAAGCCGUGGGAGUCCAAGCCCUGGGAGUCUAAGCCGUGGGACUCGGGAGUCUACGAACUGGCGGAGCACCACGUGCACAAGGAGCCAGAGCACGACCACAAGCACGAGGAGCCGGAGCACGAGCACGGGCACGAGGAGGAGCACCACGUAGUCAAGCACGUCUCGCUGCGAGACCUGCUGCCCAAGUGGAUCAGCCUCACCAUCGGGGUCCACAAGGACUGAGGAACCUCGUGUCGCGCAUCUCGCAAUCCAGUCGGAACCUUCUGGCAGCUCUAUAGGCCACGGCCAGCCUUUCAGAUACGCCUGGGUUUGUACAUUUCCUCAGGGGAACAGUGAAGCAGACAGAGAUUCGCACGAGGAGGCAGGAGUAACGCACAGGUGAACCUGACAUAGAAAGACUAUAAUGAUCUCGUCCCUUUUCUUUCUUUCUUUUUUCACGCCUUUCUUUUUGUCAUCGCUCUUUCCGUCUUUACUUCCCCUUGCCCUUCCCCUAGUUCAGGGUAGCAAACCGGAGUAUUUAACUCUGGUUAACCUCCCUGCCUUUCUCUAAUUUGCAUCUCUCUCUCUCUCUCUCUCUCUCUCUCUCUCUCUCUCUCUCUCUCUCUCUCUCUCUCUCUCUCUCUCUGAACCUGACAGCGGCGAACAGCCGCGCGUGAGCACGGUUCCAGGGUAAAAAAAAAAUCACGCGCAGUCCCAAGUCUUCGCCACCACUUCAUCCGGGAGCGGGUGAAGAAAAGUCCGUGUCAUCGAGUUCUUGUCCGCAUUUCUGAUCAGACAAUACCGUGCAAGUUAACGCAUGCGCAAGUGUGCUGUAAGCGUGGCCUAUAUAGUUGACCGACAGCACGCUUCUGUGCCAAACUUUCGUUUCCCCGUGAUGCGUUUAAAAUAAGAUUAAAUGAAAAAGGGGAGGGGGGGGACCACGCCCGUACCUACUAAACAGCAAUAACGGGCGUACGCCCUUUAAAAAUAAAUGAAUAAGGGUUGUCAAGUAAUAUGCAAACGCGCAAAUUUAGUAUAUAAAUGCCAACGGGACUCCUCGUACAGACACUUCGAUACCGUAAUGUCAAGCUGCAAGUUUUCUGCGCGAGCAUCACGCAGUGCCAAGCGUGUUGUCUGUGAACACAUGAUGACUUGGUAUGCAAAUUUUUGCUGAUGUUUCCUCCUGCGCUUCCGUGCUGUAAUUUCUUUCUUUUUUCGUUUUUCAUUGUGGUUGGCAAAAAAUCAUAACAAAACACACUGUGGUAACCACAGUGAUCAGUAGAGACCGGAUGUUUAGGCGCUAAAGAUGAUGUUUUAGGCGCCUAUAAACAGGCACUAAAGCUGUCAUUUAAGGUAUAUAUACUAUAUAUAUGCUGUAUCUUAGGCCCCCACGUAUCGGCUCCAUGAGAAGUUCUUCCGUGCAUCUGAAGUUAAAGAUUUUUUAAGGAACACAGCUCACUAAGAACAGGCUUUAUGAAACUUACUUUAUUUUCUCGAUAAAGCGGAAUGAGGAAUGUUGUGUAAGUUAGGUGUAUCUGAAAUCUACUGUGACAAGACGCCACAAUAAAUUCCGUGAAAGUAGUGACAAAGAAGCGCCAUCAUCAAAUUCUUCGGGCUUCGUGUUGUGCCUUUUUUUCACGGAGUAAACUAUUUUGUAUGCAGAAAAGGAACAUGCUCAAUAUCCACUGAAGCUAGCGGCACAUACCUGCACUUCUGAACGUUCAAUAGUUCAAAGCCUUCUAGAAUUGCAGAAUGUUCACCGGUCAGAACCUUCGACAGUUAUUUUUUCUUUCAUUUUUUUUUUUUCAGUAGCGAAAGCCCGGGAUUCUUGUGCGAGAACGAUUGAAGUUACGGACUAACUCUCAGCAACAGGUCCAUUGGCGAUAAUGGCGAAUCUUUCCUGAACGUCCACAAUGAGCCUCACAUUUCGGGUCAGAGUAGUCGCGCCAGAGAAUUCAAGUUUCCGGAUGACGUCGGCUAAAAACGUGAAGUGAGUGCACAAACGCACCCAGUCACAUUAAUGUGUAUCGUCGCGUAGUGCACUUUGAGCCCUUCUCAAAGCGAUACUUUCGCCUGCAACAAAAUUGUUAAUAGCAGCCUUCACACCCACAAAGUGUUUGUUUAAUAACCGGCUGCCUUCAGCCAAGUUCCGCAGCGGGUACUAGCAUUAUAGACAAGAUGAUACUAGAGCGAAACGUGGAAAAGGGCAUUCUUUAGGCUUUCAAAAUCCAAUAUAGGAACCAAGAUAUAAAUAUGCGUUUAAAUGCACAUUAAAGGUGCCACUGAAAUGUUUCAAGACCCAUAGUUCGAGCUUAUAUAUGAUAGUCGAACGCCUUUAUAACGAAGUGCUCGGGACCUACGAAAUUAUUCGUUAUACAGGUUAAUUCGUUGUAAAGGUCGCGCACCGCACAACUCGCAAUAUAACCGGGACAGAAUGAUCCCAGCGUUAUGCAGGUCAUUUCGUUGUAGAGGCGUUCGCCGUAGAGACACUCGACUUUGUAAAUAGGCGCGAUUAGGAUGUAAUGAAAAAAUAUAUGCAUUUUGCCUAAAGUUCCGGUCUCUGGUGAUCACAGGAACAGCAGCCAAUUAAUGAUUAUAUAACGACACUUUUUCACAUUUUGUUUCUCUUUUCUGCUGCUGGUUCUUAUUUUGUACAUAGCAUUCCACGUCUUUCUAUCCAACAAAGCACGUCGGUAGAGCUUUGUUACUUUAAUGUUCAAAAACGUCCCAUCUCCCUCCUCGAUAGGUUUCCUAUGAACCAAUUCACUUGGAGCAAUAUCCAAUAGCGAGAACGCUCACAAUGACGCUACAGUACUUUCCGACCGAGUUACUUCUCAAUGAUGUGCACUCUUCAGCACACUUGAAGCUAAUAAGCGUGCCUCAAACGGCCAUUUCGUUUCUCUUAAAGUUCAAUAUCGAGUUUUCUGCUGACACACGCAAUUGCUAUAGCUACGUUUCCCACUCUUGCCAGUUGCAUGCAGACCCGUGGCACAGGCUACCUCCGUUACAUGAGGACUCGAGGAAGGCAGAGCGUUUAGCUUUGCGGAAGACUGCACCGUCGUCUCGCACUGAUGCGCGCAGACGGUUCCGUUGACGCCUCUGACGUUUGUUUUCUUCGCAGAAGGAUUCUAGACACAGUCACAUGACGCAUCGACGUGGACGCGCCUCAACAGUGCUGCAGAAGAAGUCGCACCUCCGGUAACCGGAGACCAAAGAAUUUGGGAGGACCUCGAGCCGCGACCCACCUCGGCGAGGCAGACUUGAAGUUUGAAUUCUUCGCAGUGGUGUGCACGGUGUACCCUGAAACUUUCGGGUGUCUACCGGACGCCCCGAGUCGCCACGGCCAAAUAGAGACUCGACGAAAACGCGAAUCCGCGGCGUAAUACCGCCCACCCCAGCCGCAUCCAGUCACAAAGGACCCCAAGCGGCAUCAGAGGACUGCGAACCGAUGACAACUUAUUCACAACAGCCAAAUAUUGAGUCAGCGCUUAGUCUGCGUCGUGUUAACUUUGAGUCUUGCGUCGAAACUUCCUUUCUUUUCGCGUUGCGUAUGAAAUACGCACACACUGCCAAAUCCUGCUACGCAAUGGCCAGACACCAGGAAACAGUGAGGAACGAAUGCUAUACUCUCGACAUACAUCGCUGAAAAGGCAAGGGCUCACGCUAGAUCCCUCGAGCUGAUACUCUCUGCACUUCAAGUGGCGAGCCGCAGCUUCGUGAACGCUGAAUGUAAACAUUUCGAAUGACAGUGACAACGGAUAAUGUCACCGCGUAACGUAGCAAAACGGUUGUAAGUGAGGAGCAAGCGACGCCACUGAAGCUAUUUAUGUGUUUCGUGAAAAAAAAAAUAGAGUUAGCUCGCGUAACUCCACAUCUCACUUUACUCGAAAGGGACCAUUAAAGAACAUUUAAAUUUCGCACCUUUGCCAUGCUCGCGACAGAAACUUCCCAAGCAGCACAAAAACACACGAACAGCAGAACAUUAUUUUUUCCCCCAAAGAUUCUAUGGCUUCUCAACAGGAGAAUAUGGCGGAAGCGCAGGCCUUCAGGCAGAAGCUGAAUUCAAGGGAUUGUCUACAGCAAAAACGGAAGCCCAUGACAGACUUGUAACCUGCGAGUAAAAUGAAUGAAAAGGCGAAACAAGAAAGAAAAGGGAAGUCGCUAGCCAGUGCUCCGACAUAUGUCUAAACUAUGCGAAUAUAUUGUCAAGGUCUUUUUUUUUCAGAAUUUUCUUACCUGUUUCUUCAUCAACGACUGUGCCGGCGCAGUAAAGAUUACGGCAGCUUAUCCUACACUAAGUUGGACGCCACAUUUUACUCUAUUACUUAUUCUUCUGUGAUAACAAACACCCUAUUUGAUGAGAGGUUAGUGCUUGAAAUCCGUACUAUUUCACCUAUAUCUGUACCUGACACGUCGACACAUUUCGCAGGGCCUUAUGUACUAACAAUGAAACAACAUACAGAACCUGAGCGCAGGAGAGUCGACAACGUGCGACGACGGAGGCGUCGUUGCGCCGACGUGAUACGCCUGAAAGAUAGCCGCCCGCGUGGUUAUUACUAGCCUGUCAUGUGCGUACGCUAAUCGCGCUAACGAGACAACUAUAACGUGCAAUCAACGACAGCAGAGCGGACUGCCAUGCCAAGCCUUCGCUGUGUGCGCCGUUGUUAAGAGGCUCGCUCUGAAAGCCCCAUUCACGUGGAAACAAACGCGGCAUUGAGAAACUGUGUUAAUGUUUACAUACGCUAUAUGAACAGUUUCCCGACGAACGCCCCUCGUAUGCGUUUCUCUUUUUUUUUUUUCUUUUUUUUUCCCCACUCUUGACUAGUCCUUCGCUCACGAUUUUCUGAGCGCCUUUCGACAGUGUCUUUGCUCCACGAUUGUGCAUGUAGCUAUACGAGGAAAUAAAACAGUAAUAAUAAAUCUCGGCAACAAGCCAUCAAUGCCA